AGGAUGUAACCUGGGGAGGCGGGCAGGCUGGGCUCAAGGGAAUGAAAUCACCAGGAAGCUAACAACAGCACACAACCAAAUACUCUACUAGCAAGGAAGAAUGGAAAACAGGUCGCGGCGCCCUUUCUCUUGUCUCCUCUGCUAGCUCAGCUCAUUCAGUAGCAGCCUCCCUGUCCAUGGCAGCUCUCUCCGGCCGGCGGUCAGCUCCUCCCUCCGUCCCCACCCCCACCCCGACGCUGAGCAACGCAUACGCAUAGACCCGAAAGGCAAAACUAAAAGAGUCCAUGGCGCGCCUCGCUCUCCUCGCAGCUCUCGUCUCCGCGGUGGCGUGCGCCGCGGCAGCGCAGCCGGCCACCACAGAGGCUGCUCCGGAGAACCCACCGGGCGUCGGCAUCAAGGUCUCGUUCCGGCCGAGCGUGGUCAUCGUGCUCGGCAUCUUCACCAUGAUCUUCUCCCUCACCUUCCUCCUCCUCAUGUACGCCAAGUUCUGCCACCCCUCCUCCUCGCCGCUGCCCGCCUCUCUCCCGACUAGCGUGCCCGGAAUAAGCAAUGACACAGCGACAAAUCAGGCCGGCGUCCCCAAGCCGGUGAUCGAGUCGCUCCCCUUCUUCCGCUUCGCCACGCUGCGCGGGGCGCGCCAGGGGAUGGAGUGCUCCGUGUGCCUGGCCCGCUUCGACGACGCCGACCUCCUCCGCCUCCUCCCGCGCUGCCGCCACGCCUUCCACCUUGACUGCGUCGACCGAUGGCUCGAGUCCAACGCCAGCUGCCCACUCUGCCGAACGAGGGUCGACGCCGACGACGCCACGCUCGGCCUCAAGUACGCCGCCAGCGCCCGCAUCGUAUUCGGUGGCUCCGACGACACCGUGGGGAGCGGCCGCGACCUUCUCGACAUCUUCGUCGAGCGCGUGCCGUCCUCGAGGUUUCUUGCAGGCACCGACUGCAAGGAGGAGGAGGAGGAGCAACCGCCGCACAUGGUGUCGUCGGAGUUGGACAGGCACAAGCACCGCAUCAUCGUGUCGUCCGUGGUGUUCAAGAGCCGGUGGAGCGAGCUCAACUCCGCCGAUCUCAUCGCGCUCGACACCGAAAUGCUCCGCUCCAUGUCCAGCGGGCGCUUCUUCCCGUCCUACUCCCCGGAGUACAACGAAGCCAACAAGAUAUCAGCAGCAGCGGAGGAGGAGGUGGAUGAUGUCGCGGCGACGACGAUCAGAGAGGAGACGGAGAGGAAGCGACUGCUGGGGAGCAAGCAGCACAUGGGGGACGGCAGAGGCGGCGGGUGCAGCAACUCGGCGGCAGUUGACGCGGUGUCUGCGUCUGCGGCAAGGAUGAUAUCGUCCGGUGUGCGGUCCGUGUCGGAGAUCGUGAGCCUGCCGAGGAGGAGGGAGCGGCUGACGGAGGAAGGCGAUCGGCGGUGGCUGCCGAUCGCACGGCGGACGGCGCGGUGGUUCGCCGGACGCGCCAAGGGGGAGGAGGAAGGACCUGUCCACGUCGUGGCGGCGCAUGUCUGAUGGAGUCAGUAGGUGUAAACGAACACUAGAAAAGAAAAGUGAAAAUGAAUUAUAAUAUAUCGUCUAUUUGGAUAUGCGUCGUCGUUGUGUCGUCCACAUGUACCGCACCUUGUUUUUCCCAUAUACUUAUUAUUGUGUUUUGAACUUUUAUAUAGUUACUAUUACUGCUAUUAGAGACGAA